AUGAAUAAAAUAGAAUUGGUAACUCAACCCGAAACUGAUGAUAGGGUUAAACAGACUAUUGAUCAAGAUACUUUGAAGAAACUAGAAAAAUUAAUUACUCAAGAAAAGGAAUCACCAGAAGAACAAGUGGAUUUUGAUGGUUUUAAGAUACCUGAUGGUAAGAUUCCAUUGGACGGUCAUUUUUCAACUAAUGAAAUCAGAGAAUUAGUGAAUUUAGCUAAAAGUGAAGGUUUAUUAAGUGAAAAUGUAGUAGUAACGGUGUUAGAAUCUAAUGGUGCUCUUGGUGAUAAGUUGGUGAUCAAAGAAGAAAACACAGAAGAAAAGAAUGAUAAAAUUGAUAAAGGGGAUGUAAACCAAUCACUCUUGGUCCCUGGAGCUGAUGAUAAUGACAAGGAAGAUAAGGAAGAUAAGGAAGACGAUGGUGAAAACAACGGAAGACGUAAAAGUAGUGUUGGUGAAGACAUAGCGAAAGCCAUUAGUGAAGCCAAAGCCAAAGCCAACUAA